UUUGUAUUGAACACUGUACAUAUUGUAGUUUAUUUAUUAAAGCAUAUAUUAUGAUACACUAUAUUAUUAUAGUUUAUAUAUUAUACUGUAACACAACUUGAUGUAAAGUGACCUUGAGUGUCUAGAAAGGUGCCGAUAAAUAAAUGCAUUAUUAUUAUUAUUGUUAAUAUUACUGUAUUAUAUUUUAUUUUAUUUUAUAAAAAUUUAAUUUAUUUAUUUUAAUGAGAGUAUUUUAUAUUGGAGUCUGUUCACAUUUGACAUGUCUGAACAAAUCAUUUAAAUUCUGUAUAAAAGCUGAAAGUGUUCAGAAAAACAUCUGAAAUUAUUGAUGUAUUUUUUAAUGAUUAGAUUGAAGUAUGUGGUGAUAAAUAUAUAAUAUUCUUCAUAUCUUGUAAUCAUCAACAUGACAGUUGUCAUUCUGACAGAGAAAAACUUUUCUUCAUUCUAUCAAAGCAAAUUUCAUCAAUAUAUUAUAUUGUUUUAUAUUCUAAUGUAUUAUCAGUAAUAAUAAUUAAUGUGAAAUUAUUCUGAUCUUAUUUUGAAAUGUAGAAUUUGCAGAUACGUCAUUGUGUGUGUUCCUCAUAGAACCUCUGAUGACAUGAGCUGAUCCUUGUGUUUGAUAUGAAGGUGAACACAGUACAUGUGGUGAACUUUGUGCUGUAUUGAUGAGCAGUUUAGUGAUCAGAGUCCAUGUAGUUUCCAGGAUCAGACUGAAUGCAGUGCAGUGCUGGAAGCUGCUGUUGACUGUGUGAAUGUGUGUCUGUGGCGCUCGUGGCUGCCGUCAAACUCCAGAUGAGCCGGUAGCGAAGCCCGUGGCGAGCGUGUACCCGGCGGCGCCCGGAGCCCGCCUGGAGGGCCGGAGCGCCCUGCUGUGUCUGGCCUCGGCCAUGUUUCCCCCUGUGGUCCGGUUCUCCUGGAAAAGACGAAAGGAGAACGGUCCUCUGGAGGAGCCGCCCCCCGCUGAGACAGAGCAGCUGGAGCUCAGAGAGUCGGGACGCGCCGCCGCCAUCUUGCUGAUCCAUCAGCCGGAGAACAGCACAUAUGAUUACAUCUGCUACGUCCAGCACGAGGGGGGCAAAGCGGAGGCCCCAACAGUACCAGGUAAUGAAGGCUCGAGGCUCCAGCUCCAGCAGCUUCCCGUCCUCCAGAGAGAGAGCCGACAGACCUGCCGGCUGUGCAGCAAGCUGACUUGUCAGUGUCAGUGUCCUUCCAGUCUCAGUGCAGGGUGAAGCUGCUCUUGCUGCUGUACUCAGUGCUGAUAGUGAAGAGUCUGGUGUACUGCUGUGGACUCUCUCUGCUGAUGAUCCUCAGAAACAAGGGACCGUCCACCAACUGCACACAUGCUGACUGACUGUUUCCUGCUCGCCUUUCCUCGCCAUCAGAUCUCAUCCCUUCAUCUCAUGCGUCGUCCUAAACGUACAAAUACAUAUACACACAUAUAUAUCUGCAGUUACUGAGUGUAUAUUCUGUGGUAAAGUGUUAUUUUGAUCCUCUAGUUUAUUUCUGCUUUGAAUUGUGACUUUUAUAAUAAUAGAAAAUGAAGCUGAAUCAUUGGCUGCCUGCUACAGAUUUUAUUGUCUGUGGUAUUUUUCUGUUCUUGUCUUUCUUUUUAAUACAUGAUGCAGAGUGUGGCAGGUUUGUCAAAUUCUUUCACUCAAACAUUCUCAAUAAAGAGAAAAAUCACAGCGUGUUUCAUGAAAAUCUUUGUUUUCGUGGAUUUCACUUUGGCUUCAGAGCAAAUCACCAGAAACAGAAUCAACUUCAUCGGCCAUGUAUGUUGACAGCUACGAGUCAUUUGACUGUGGUUGUAGUCGGCUCUCCAUAAACCUUCACACAGCACCAAGAACAAAUGUAGAGGAAGACAUGAAGACGAGCACACAGCUAAACAAGGACAACAAAGCCAGACAAAGAUAAGCCAACAUCAACAUAGAGCUGUUAUAUACUAGUCAGCAGGUGUGGUUGUGCCACCAGGUUCAGGGCUGACCCCCUUUUCUGACUGUGUCAGUGUGGACGUAAACCUCUACGCUGAUGACACUGUUGUUUCCACAGGUGAACAAACAGCAGAGCGAGCUGCUUUGAAGCUACAACUGACAUAAAAUGAUGACACAGCAGCUUGAUCAGAAGUCUGAAUGUUGGAAACAUGAUGGCACGAACAGAUAAAUUAGAAACUUUGUGUUGAUGUUGUAUGAAAUGUUUGAACGCUCUGAUUCUUUCCCACAUGUCCUAAUAUGUUGUGUUAUGUUCCAUGUUGACGUCAGGCUGCAGAAACUGUCAUUAAACUGUUUCCUUGACAGAGUCAAUAAAGCUGUUUGAAUGAAAAAGCUUCAC